GGGUACUCUUUGCCGGUGAAGAUCCAAAAUGGCGCAGAAGUUGGUGAAUUUUGGGCAGAAGAUUGUGACUGCAACGCCUCGUUUGGCUACUAGAGUUUCGUUUCAAGCGCUUGGUGCCGCCAAGAAAGUCCAGCCACAUGUUGUGACUUUCUGGAACAAUGCCAAAGUUGAAAUGCUUCCACCAAAGCUGUCAGAGUGGCCAGCCAUCAAGAAGAGUUUCAUUGGUCUGAAAGAGGCAGCCCUCAAGGGCAAGUUCCUUGAUAUCACAGUGAAGGAAGCUACAGUGAAUACGCUGGUUGCUGUGGAGAUUGCUUUCUGGUUUUAUGUUGGAGAGGUCAUAGGAAGAAGAAGUUUGAUUGGUUACAAUGUUUGAAGAACUUUCAAGAUGUACUGAUUGUUUCAAUAUUUCUUAACUGAGUGUGUCGCAAAGCCUUUUGAUGUUUGUAUAGGAAAAAAUUGGAUUUGGUUUCCUGGUCUCCUGACCAGGUAAAUAAAGGGACUGGUUUGUCAUUGGUUG